CCUGAACCAUCUCCCAAACCUAAAGACUUGAGCUUCAAGCAAGGUGAUGUUCAAACAGGGGAACAGAUUUCACCCACUGUCCUCAGUCCAGACACAGGAAGCAUAAAAAGAACUGUCAAUUCAUCUUAUACUAAUCCUGGGACUAAGAGAGUCAGUUCAUCUUUAAGUUCAAACCACCCCAAGAAGGGGACACAACCCUCCUAUACUGAAGGGCAGCCUUACAUCCCUUCAUUCUAUACAGAGAUACAAGCACCAAAUACCAGGAGUGCAAGGGCCAAAAAUGUGUUGUCUAAAAAUAGCAUUGGGCCUGUCAGAACCACAGCUUCAGCAGUACUGCCAGAUGCUUGUGAUAAGCUGGAUGUCAAGCCACCACCUGACAGGGCUCUAUGUAAUGGAUCACUUGGAUUAAGCUUGGAUUCUCAUAAGAAAUCUUCCACAACUACAACUUCUCAUUUCGCCACCACACUCGUGUCUCCAAAGUUGACGAGACCACAACAUUCAGAGACAGAUUUGACAAAGUUAAUGAGACCACAACAUUCAGAGACAGAUUUGCCAAAGUUAACAAGACCACAACAUUCAGAGACAGACUUGACAAAGUUAACGAGACCACAACAUUCAGAGACAGAUUUGACAAAGUUAACGAGACCACAACAUUCAGAGACAGACUUGACAAAGUUGACCAAGGCUUCGUCAGUGCUAGAAACAAUGUCACAACAGCUCCGUGUCUGUAGUGAUGACCAACGUUUGAAAAGUAACACCAUGUUUGCCAUAGACACCACAGACAAGCAAAGUGAGGCUGAGAUGUUAGAACCAGUUUCCAAUGCUGCAAAGCCUCCACCAACUAUCCAC